CAAUAUUUUGAGACUUUGAGUUACUUUGGCGCGAGAUGGUGCAUGUUGACAACUUGUGACGACUUGUAAAAAUACUCCAACUAACUUAACACGUUAUCUUGACGAAAAGGGAUGAAGUUAUUCCAAAAACUCGUUCAAUGAUUGUGAUAAAGCACAACUAAGACUAUAGAGUUAUCGGUCCUUUUCCAACAUCGAAUGAAAUCGGCAUUAUUGAAACCGUAGGCGAGAAGUUGAGAAAUAUUUUUGUACGAUAUCGUGAGGAAAAAAAUUUAGGGAAGAUGUCAAGAAUCGAUCAGCUUUCCAUUCAGGGUAUUCGGAAUUUUUCUUCGGAAAAUGCUGAGGUCAUCAGAUUUGAGCCACCUGUAACAUUAAUUCUAGGGAAAAAUGGCAGUGGCAAGACAACAAUAAUUGAGUCUCUCAAGUAUGCUACAACAGGAGAAAUGCCAGCUGGAACUAAUAGGGGACAAUCAUUUAUUCAUGAUCCUAAACUAUCAACAAAGAAAAUGUCCAUAGGGUGUGUGAAGUUGCAGUUUUUUGAUGAGCACAACAACAAAUUCAUUGUCACACGUUCAAUGGAAGCAAGAAUACUGAAAUCCAAAUUGGACUUCAAAACAAUAGAUGGAACUAUCUCUAAAGUCCAGUCUGAUGGAACGCUCAAGAGCCACAAGAAUAAAAACAAUGACUUGAACACUUUUGUCUGCAACACAUUAGGUGUUUCUAAAGCACUGUUAAACAAUGUGUUGUUUUGCCAUCAAGAAGACUCAAAUUGGCCAUUGGAUGAAGCAAAAAAAGUAAAGGACAAAUUUGAUGAUAUAUUCAACACCACAAGGUAUGUCAAAUGCCAGGAUGAAAUAAGGAAACAGAUAAUUGAAGUCAAAGCUAAAAUGAAGGAUAUUGAAAAAAUGGUUGAUCGUUAUAAAAUGCAAAAAGACCAAGCAGAAGAAUUUCAGAAUGAUCAACGCCGCCAAACUGAGCGCAAAGCAAACUUAGAAGCUGAGAUGCAACAAUUACAGCAGAACAAAGCUGAGCUUGAAGCCAAGUUGAAGCAGUUGAAGGACCAGUAUAAGGAAGCUGAAAGGAUGAAGGGGGAAAUUCAGAAAAAGAAAACUCGUAUGGAAGAGUUGGAACGUAAUCGGCAUGACUUGGAAUCCGAUAUUACGCGAGUUAUUGCAGCCAGUGUUGAAGAAUUGGAACUCGAAAUUCGACGUUUCCAGAUGACCAAGGGUGAUCGCGAAAAAGAACUCAAUAUUCUUCAUAGAGAGCUGCAGCAGGUGGAUCAAGAAGGAAAAGCAAAUGCUGCAGCGCAACAAGAGCAGCUAGUGCAAUUGGGCAAGCUGCAAUCCGAAGAAGAGCAGCAUAACAGUCGUAUUAAGCAACGUGACACUCUUCUCAUUAACUUGGCUCAUCGUUACAAAUGGGACAAAGACAGUGCUCCAUUCCCGUCGAAUGAACCGCUUAACACCGUUCAAGUUUCUCGUUAUAAAAGUCUUCUGAAGCAAACUGUUGAGCAAGAAAAGCAAAAAGAAUCCGUCUUGAAACAGGAGUUGGACGUUGAAGAAAGGAACCUUCUCAAUUCUCUAAACAAAUUGCGGGAAGGAUGCGUUCGUCUUGAACAAGAUAUUAAAACGAAAGAAAGUUCACUAAGUUCUUUUCAAAGAGAAGUGUCUGAGAUAGAAGCAAAAUUGGGUGCCAUGGAAGAGAAUAGUCGUCAAGUGAAUCUACUGGAACGUCAACAAGUGGAUGCACAGGCUUUAGUUGACCGUGCAAAAAGAGAGUUAAACGAAGCCGAACUGAUUCGUGACAUUGACAGAGCCAAAUCCGAAAAAAUGAUACAAGAAGCUGAACUAGACCAUUUACGGUCGCAGCUGAAAAAAGUCAUGAGCCAAAGAGAUAUUCGUGUUAAACUGGAUAUGCAUCAAAAAGAUCUGUCUGGUAAAAAGACUCAGGAGCGUCGACUGAUGUCUCGAGAGACGGUAGAAGACGCCAUCAAGAUUCUCGUUGGCGAUAAUGGAAAUAAGGACAAUCUCCUUUCGUACUAUAAUGGUCGUCUGAAUUCCAUAACUACUUCACUUUCAAAAAAACAGCAGAGUUUGACUAAACUGGGUCAAGAAGGGGCAACCUGCCAAGCCAACUUGAAAAAUUUUCGCAAUCAGUUGGAAGCCAAACAAAAUGAGUUGGCCGCCUACCAACAAAAACUAAAGGACGCCGGGAGUUCUGGCGCUGCCGAGCUGGAAAGUGAUAUUUCUCGAUUAGCUCUAGAAAUCCAAGACCUUGACGACCAGCGUGGAUUAGUUCACGGCUCUGAAAAGAUGUACCAUCACUUUAUUGAUAAAAUGGAAAAGCAACGGGCUCACUCAGAUUGUCCUCUUUGCCAUCGUGAAUUUGACGAUUCAGAUGAAGCUCAAAUGCUGAAAGACGAAAUGAAAAACCGAGUGGAAGCUAUGCCUGCUAAGAAAGCGGAUUUAGAUCGCAAAAUUGUCGAGAAAAAAAAUAAACAUGGGCAGCUAUUACAGUUACGUCCGGUUGCCCAAUCUGUUGCCAAACUAACGGAAGUAGAAAUCCCUCGGCUUCAAACUGGAUUGCAAGAUCUCGAAAGUCGCUCCAACACAAUUCAAGCCGAAUUGAGAGAUUUGGAAGAGUCUAUUGAAUUCCUAAAAAAUGAAGAAGAUAUUGGGAAAAAAGCUCAUCCUGAUAUUAUCCAGCUUGACGCACUGAAAAAUGACAUUAAGAAGUUGCAGUCUCAAGUUGACAGUAUCCAGGCUCAACUUGGUCUUUCUGGCAGUGAAGGUGAUUUGACCGUCGAAGAAGUCCAGGAACAGGUAGAAAAGGCCGAAGCGACAUACCGAUCAACAACGCAAAGUAUCGAAUCGAUGAACGAACGUUACAACGAGCAUCAAAGCAAAUUAACGCAGCUGCAGAAAAAUGUGAAUGGCCUCAUGGAGCGCAAACUUCAGUUGAACAAUAAUUUGCAACAAAGAGGCAAUUUGCUGGAGCGCAAAGGUACUUUAGAGACAGAUAUCGAGCAGGCUCUUUUCGAUAUCGAAGAAUGGAAACAAAAAUUAGAGCCAAUGGUGGCGAAACAAUUGGCGGCCCAAGCUGCGCAUUCUGACGCUCAGAAAAGACGAAGUGCGCUAACAGAACAAGCAAGGAGCAAGAUUGAAGAAUUGUUAAAUCAGCUUCGUGGUUUAGCCAGUUUGGACAAAGAAAUCGAAAAGUGGGGUGCUGACGGCAAAGUUGCUCAACUGAGACACAGCCAGCAAGAGGUGGACCGGUUGAAAACGGAAAAAUUGGCGCUUGAACAACGAAAAAAAGAAAUUCAAGAAAAAAUCAAGAAAUUAGAAUUGGCUCUAAGUAACUGCGAAAAUGAAGAGAGAAACUUGCGAAACAAUCUCAAGUUAAUUGUCAAUACCACCGAUAGGGAGGUUGUUAAGCAAGAACUUGAAGAUUUCAAUUCUAAAUUAGAGACUUUCAAAUUACCACAACUGAUCAAAGAAAUUCAAAGACUUGAAGGGCAACUAGAAAGUUGCAAGAUCAAAUUAGGCGAACUAGGUGGAACAUUUCAAGAAAUUCAGAAAAGCAUCCGUGAGCUUGAAGUGAAAUUGCAACGAGAAGAGUUUGCUACGGCGGAGGAGCGGUAUUUGGACCAGGUCAAAGAUUAUGAAGUGCACCAGGCCAUCAGUGAGGAUCUAGGGAACUUUUAUAAUGCGCUCGAGUCUGCCCUCAUGAAAUUUCAUAAGGAGAGGAUGAGCGUCAUUAAUAGAAUGGUUCGUGAAAUGUGGCAUUCUACUUACAAGGGCAAGGAUAUCGAUUACGUCGAAAUCCGUGCAGAAGAGUCGGCAGGAACGAGUGGCAAUACGCGUCGCCAAUAUAAUUACCGAGUUGUCAUGGUAAAAAAUGGGGUCGAAAUGGACAUGAGGGGAAGAUGCAGUGCCGGACAAAAGGUUUUGGCCUCGCUGAUCAUUCGCAUGGCACUGGCAGAGGCAUUUAGUUCCAAAUGCGGUGUCUUAGCUUUGGAUGAGCCUACCACAAAUUUGGAUGAAGAUAACAUUGCCAGUUUAAGCGAUACCAUUUUGGAGCUGUCGAACGCAAUCACACGCCAGAAGCGAAAAUUCCAACUCAUUGUUAUUACGCAUGAUGAGAAAUUUUUGGAACGAAUGUCUCGCGAUAAAAGGAUGGAAAGAUUUUAUCGAGUGGAUCGCAAUCGAUUUAAUAUGUCGGAAAUAAGGCAGUUUGACGUCAUGGGUGGAUCGCAAUCAACAAACAUAGCGAAGAAAAUGCUGAAAUAGUCGGAGAAAAUCCUUUGAGUCAAUGUUGUGUUAACAUUGAUGACCUUGUUUAUCUUUUCCAUCUACGUUGAAACCAAAAAACUUGUUACGGUCGGUGUUCUUCAAACUAAUUAAACAAGUUUUAUUGUGGCCUUUUGAUGGUUUGAUUUCAUCACUUGAAACGAAGUUGACUUGCACUGGCAAAAAUUUUUACCCACACUUCCGUAGAUUCACAUCAAAAGGAAACGUCAUUCAUCUACUAACUAUAUUCUUCUCUUUCAACCUAUUCGUCCACCACCCGUUUGAGUCACAUAUGAAAACUCAAAUACUUGUCAAGCGAAAACGAGUGGUUUUUUUUACAUCACACCGAUACUUUCUCUUUGUUCGACCAUAAAAGUAUGUUAUUUGGACUGCCAAGAAAAAAAAACAGUGCCAUGUCUCGGGGAAAUGGAGAAAACCCAGCUGGAGGCAUUUUUCUCUGUAGUUCGUACUGUAUACAGGUACGAGUAGGUUCGACUUAAGGCCACAGUCACGAUUCCACCUGCGUUUGCGAUAGAACUCGCGAGUUUUUUCUUCUAAACAAGAAUAGAAAGAUACACAACAAAAUGACGAUUCACCAAACAGUGAUCAUAGCUCUUUCGCUUUUCAUUUUACAAGCCAAUUUUGUGUUGCCUAGUCCCACUUCCACACAUCUGGUGAAGCGCCAAACUCUACAGAGAGAUUCUACAUUAUUCUUAGACUCUAUUGGUGACUUGGUGAUUGGGGUUAUCAACACCGGCCUGCGGAGUGUUGCGGCCUUGAUUACAUCCGGAAACGAAGCCACUCAAAAGAUGGCCGUGGCAGUUGGAUCUGCCGCUCUGCCGCCUUUACUGAAUGUCACGAGAGCUUUUACACGCGUCCAACAAUCUUCCACGCGGCUCUUCAACAACACGCAAGCUGUCCUGCCGGAGCCUGGAACAUUGCGUGACGUGACAAGACGAAUUGCCCAAGGAAUUCAGCCGGCCAUCGGACUGGUCGGACAGUCGGUGAAUAGCACGUUCCGAGGUUCGUCCGGUCUUUUUGGUGGACGAGCGAAUACAACUAGAGUCAACCCUAACGAUAUCGAGAUUCCCGACGAAUUUGCAGAUUUCGAGAACAACUAAGUCUUUACUGUAAUGCCUUUAAACAACUGUUUUAGAGUCACCGUGCAUGAUGACUACAUUGUACUUGUGUGUUGCAAAAAUCCGCUGGCGUGUUUGUUCGUUUUUUUCUGUGCUAAAAAGUCGAAAAUACGGAAUACUCUAAGUAUU